CGCAUAACAGGCUACUGUGGAUUGUAUAUAUCUCGACGUCGACAACUAAGAAAACAGUUAGCUAAGCUUAUCCUCGGAGAGGACAUAAGUCCGUAGCACAUUUCGUUUGUUCUGCGAAGUAGUUGCAAUCAUUGCAACCUGUGUUAUAUUUUUCACACGUUAUAUUUUCUUAACAGUAUACUGUUGCGUCGUCGAAUAAUUUCAUUAAAUGGAGGAGAAGAAGGAAGAGGGGGACUCGGAGAUACAGGAACACGGACCUGAACACUGGUUCUCAAAAUGGGAGCGGCAGUGUUUGGCCGAAGCCGAGCAGAGGGAGCCCAGGGAGGAAGAGGCCGAAGAGGAGCAGGAUAAACUGUGGCAUCUUUUCCAGAACUCUGCCACCGCAGUAGCACAGCUCUACAAAGAUAGAGUUUGUCAUCAACAAGGCUUGUCACUGUGGGUGCCAUUUCAGAAUGCAGCAACAGCUGUUACAAAUCUCUAUAAAGAGAGUAUAGAGGCUCAUCAAAGGAGUUUUGAUCGUGGCAUUCAAACAGGUCAUCAGCGUCGAAAUAAGGACAUGUUGGCUUGGGUGAAAAAGCGCAGAAGAACCAUCCGCAGAGAGGAUCUUAUUAGCUUUUUGUGUGGCAAAGCACCACCCCACAGGGGUGGUAGGACCAGCACACGUCUGACUGUGGUAGCUCCAAGUCGUGCCAAUUCACCAGCAGAGACCGGCUCCUCUGUGGAAGCAGAUCUUCAACCUUUCAGGGAAGCCAUUGCCCUGCAUGGUCUAAGUGGGGCAAUGGCCAGUAUUAGUGUGCGCUCUGGUGCCCCAGGGUCUCCGACACACAUCAGUGGCAGCAGCAGUAAUGGGGCAGGAGCCGGAGCAGGUGGAGGGGGGUCGUCCGGCACAGUGUGUCGCUCCAGGCGUAAUGGCCUCCAGGAUGUGGACCUGAAUACUUUCAUCUCUGAGGAGAUGGCACUUCAUCUGGACUCUUCCUCUGCUGGAGGAACCAGGAAACGAAAUUCCAACCAAUGUAGUGAUGUCAUUACAGACUCCCCAACACAUAAACGUAAUCGGAUGAUCUGAUGUGCAUUCUGCCUUUGUGAAACAGGAGUGCGUGACUUGUGAACUCACAGCCGCUUGGAUUCUCUGCUGCGCACAAGAAUAUAUCGGCUGAAGUCCGUUUGCUUUUCAGAUAUUGGCUGUUGUUUCAUCUCCUUGUCGUGUUUCUCUGUGGUAUUACUAGGAAAAGGCAGGCAAUGAGAACCAUCAGUGUGCAAACAGCUGCUUGGAAAUGGCACACACACAUCUCAGGAAAGGACUGGGAGGUGCAGAGUCCUUCUAAAAUGAUUUAUUGAAGAUUUGGAGAUUGUUUUGUGGUACUUGAACAUCCUACUGUUCUACUACAAGAUUGUGAAACUGAAGGCAGUAUGGCAGGGUAGCAUACUAUAUCUAAAGCUUUUUAUCAGUACUCUUUGAACAGUCUGUGGCUGGUAAGGAGCGUCAAACGCAAGUACCACUCAACAACUCUUCUCCCAAAUCUUAGUGAGUCACUUAAAAGGUGUUCUGAUGCACUGUGUUGCUCUGAAAGUGAACACGACUUGAUCUCCUGCAAAUGCGCCCUUUCCGAAUUGUGUCAUCCAUUCUCACCCACUACCUUAAAAUGGAAGUGAGAGCCGUAAUCAACAGUGAUUUGAAAUGAGUCUGGGGCAUAACUUGUCAAUCUACUUGAGAAUGUUGUUUUUCUGUUACAUUGGUUCUGGGUAUGAUUUGAAAGUUUUCUUCUUUUAACUUGUUUCGGUUGAGCCAAGCUUUGUAUUUUGCACCUGCCAGUGUUGAAUUCGCUUUGAUGCCACUGUUUGCAGUAGUGCUUGCCAUGUUUAUUCUUUAUUAAAAUGUAUUCAGGAUAAUCAAAAGGAAAUAUGCUUUUAGUUAAGUACAUUUACAAACUAUGAUGGCCUGUUUUGCCUUUGUCUUACCCUCAAAGCUGCUGAAUUAAGUGACUGGGAUUAUGAGUUGCAAUAAGGAUUUCUGCACUUUGUUUUGACCUCUUUAAUUCAUGCAAUUUAAUCAGCUCUUCCAUUCUCAGUUGUAGCCAUGUCGAGCUUAAGCACCCCAAAACCUUUUUUAGAUUCAGAUGGCUUUUGAAAGGAAUUUAUUUGUAACAAACACCAACAUCAAAAUGGUCUCUUUCUUUAAGCUAGAUUCAAGAUGAUUGCGGAGUUUAAAAUGGAAUUUGGAGAUAUUUUUCACAAAGCUUUGAAAGCUUAAAAAAAAUCACUUUUUGUUGUGGAUAUGUCAGUCAUACAUGUACAAGUCCAAACUUAUUUGUUCCUUAAUUUUUAUGAAACAUCAUGUUCUUCACCUUCAACUUGCCAUCAAACCAAGCUGAAUUAAAACUUUAAUUACAUUUAAGUCUCACAUUUUAGUUACAAGUUAAUUUAUGUUGCAGAUUUAUACAUUUGCGAGACAACCAACUUUAUUAUUUUUCUUUUUUUUAUAUAUACACACAAUGAAUAGUUCAGUGCUUGGAUACACGUUCAUGUGUAGGGCUGCAGUUAACAAUUGAAUGUUUACCUAUCUUCAGUAGGUGUUAUAAAUGCAUAAAUCAAAACUGAACACUACGGAUUAUAACUAUUUUGUUUUUCCAGCAAAACAAUUCUGAGUACAUAUCGAUGUGUCAUAGGAAAAAACCAUGAUACCUCUAUGUUGUUGAGUUAUUGCAGCCCGACAAGUAAAGUUAUCUAAAUAUAUUUUUUAAAAAAAAGCAACUUAAUUUAGCAAUUGUAUCAUUUACAGAAUGUUAAGUACUAACAGAUUGCACUAUAAUUUUUUUUAUUUCAGUUCAGGGGUCUUCCUAAAAUCACCUGUCCCCAUCUUUUUCAACCAAGAAUUACUUGAUUAAUUUUGGUUUCUGUACAUUAGGGUUUUAAUUUUGCAUUUAAUUCACAGAACUAUAAAGUUGACAUUAGUUAAUCAAAACAAUCACCUACCCCGUCUCUUUAGACCACUAUUUGACUUUGACCUGCAAGGUUCUCCUCUUUCUCUGAAUGGUUGAGUUCAGCUUGUGUUUUGCCAUUUGCUAGCCUUAAUCUCAGAAGGCUAUCACUUUUCUUGGAUAUGUUGAAUUAGUAAAUAGUUAAUCUAAUAAAUUAACAUAAAACUGUUGAAAUAUGUGGUUCACAUUGUUAAAUAAAUUAUCAGACAAUUUGACAA